AUCAUCACAAAAAAUACAUUAAAUACGCAUUAGUAGCAAAAAUCGUUCGAUUCGUGAAAUUCAGUGCCAACUUGUGGAUAUUAUCGAAAGGUUUCGACAGAUCCAAAACAGAGGAGUGGAAAAUUUUGAAUCGUCAGCGUCAUAUAAAGAGAAACAAUAUUUUUCAGUCAUCUCAUGUUGGAGAUCGAUGGUGAAUUUGGAUUAGAUGAAAUUGCUUUAUUACUGUUUCACAUGCAGAUCGCUGCUUACAAUAAAAGUAAAUGUUGCUUUAGAAUUGAAACCAAUUCGCGUGCCCUACCGAAAAUGGACAUCUCCAUCGGUAAUUUGUCUGAGCGUAGUUUUUCCAGCGUCCCGUACCCAGCUUUUUCUGGAACGACCAUAGAGUCCAAUCUUUCUACUAAUUUACUUCGGAUGUAUCUGGGGUUUUCUUGGAGUUCCUUGGCCAUGGGUAUAUACAACGUUGAUGGAUCAAUCAUAGCGAGUCAGUCGUUCACUCACAUCAAUGUUCUCAUCAUUUACACUCGCUUAUCUAUAUUCACAAUGAAGUUCUCGUCUGUCCUAUUUGUCCUUUCUACUCUCACAUUCUCUACUGCCUUGCCCGUGACACGACGCGGUUUCAUCAGUGGAUUGGCUGUUCGUGAGGGAAACUCUACUUUGGCAUUAUUUAGCAAUUCCACAUCCUCAUCGACAUCAUCAAUAUCUUCCAGUAGCGCAAAGCCAACCACAGAAAUCAACCUUGAAAGUCUGAAAGAGGAUGCUGCCGCAAAGCAACCAGCGGUAGCAAAAGUAAAGUUACAGCAGCACAAGUUAAAUCAGCAGUAUCUGGAUUUGCCAACGAUGCCAACACCGUAUCAGCGGCCCUAAACAAACUUCCCAGUAUGACGGACAGAUCAGACAUCGCCUCGCUUGCCGGAAAAGCAUUCAAUGCAGAAUCAGACGAGGAUUCCCAGAGAUCUGUUCUAUUUGCCGCAGCAGGCAGUGCAGGUUCCUCCGCAAACAGCAAAAUCGUUAAGAACACUCCUGCAGUUCUCAAAGGCUUGAAGGCUAUUAUGGUAAAUCCAUCGAUUAUUUCUGUGAAGUAUAAUGUGGCUACUAUCGAAGCUGCCCGGUGAGCAUCUUCCACAUUGACUCAAACCUCGGUUCAUGAACUUAUGGAAAAUAGAA